AUGGAACAGAUGAUUAUGGAAGGUUUUUCCAAGGGUUUCUUACACAGGUUUUGUGCCAACGUGUCAGGGGGCCAAUCACCCCCUUGGACGAGGGUCAGCAGUGAGAAGGGGGCAGAAAUGCCGCCGCCAAGCAUCCUCAUCCAGACACCCCCGGAGGCGGAGAAGGAGACGGAGACAGCACCCCGCGUGGUCAGCAGCGAGCCCUGGAGCCCGCAGCCCCGCGCCGUGGUCAUCGACAUGGGCUCGGGCACCUGCAAGGCGGGCUUCGCCGGCCUGGCGCGCCCCAUGUACGCCGUGGCCACCCUGGUGGGCUGCCAACCCAAGAAACCCGCCCCGCAGGGCGCACCCCCGGAGCUGGAGACGUUCGUCGGGGAGGCGGCGCGUGCGCGGCCCGAGCUGGCCUUGGUGCAGCCGCUGCGCCACGGCGUCGUGGUGGACUGGGAGGCGGCCGAGCUCAUCUGGCGCCACUUGCUGGAGCGCGACCUGGGUGUGAUGCCCUCCGAGCACCCGCUGCUCUUCUCCGACGCGCCCUUCGGCCCGGCCACCAACCGGGAGAAGCUGGUGGAGGUGGCCUUCGAGAACCUGGGCGCGCCGGGCAUGUUCGUGGCCUCGCAGCCCGUGCUGGCCGUGUACGCGCACGGGCGCAUCAGCGGGCUGGUUGUGGAGACGGGCCACGGAGUGUCCUACGCGGUGCCCGUCUUCCAGGGCUACCCGCUGGGCCAUGCCACGCAGCGCCUGGACUUGGCAGGUGCCCAGCUGGAUGCCUUCCUGGCGCAGAAGAUGCACCUGGGCCCUGGGGCGCCGCUGAGCCAGCGGGACCUGGCGGCGGUGGAGUAUGUCAAACAUCACCAUUGCUACGUGGCCACGGCUGAUGGCCACGCGGGGCAGGACGCAGAGGCCGCCCAGACCCUUAAACUCCCCGAUGGCCGCAGCGUGACUCUGGGCCCGGAGCUCCGCCAGUGUCCCGAGCUGCUUUUCAGGCCACCCGACAUGCCCGGCCUGGCGCCCGUGGGUCUCCCCGCCAUGGCUAGCGCGCCCUGCUCAAGGUGCCCCCCCGAGGCGCGCGCCGACGAGGUGGCGCGCAACGUGCUGCUGUGCGGCGGUUCCAGCCUCUUCCCGGGCUUCGAGAGUCGUUUCGGGGGCCGAGCUGCGGCGGGGAGACGCCUCCGAAGUCGUGGCUCGCCGCCCGCGCACGUAGUGGCCGGGCCCAGCCGCCACCUGGCCGUGUGGGUGGGCGGCUCCAUCCUGGCCUCUCUGCGCGCCUUCCAGUCCUGCUGGGUGCUCAAGGCGCAGUACGAGGAGCAAGGCCCGCACAUCGUGUACCGCAAGUGCUACUGA